AUGGAAAAUGCCAAAAAUUCCACAACUCCAGCGAUUACUGUGAAUCGAAAAGCGCGGUAUGACUAUCACCUGCGCGAUCGCUAUGAAGCCGGUGUCGUUCUGCAAGGCACAGAAGUGAAGGCAAUUCGCUCAGGACGGUUUAACCUGACAGAUAGUUACGCACAGAUAACAGAUGGAGAAGCGUUCCUGAUCGAUGCCCACAUCGGUCCUUAUGAACAUGGAAAUAUUGAAAAUCACGAGCCGAAGCGGAAACGGAAACUCUUAUUGCAUCGGCGAGAAAUCAUCAAACUUGAACGCUCAAUCCGUUCAAAAGGGAUGACUAUCGUUCCGACUCGAGCAUACUUUAGCAACGGCAAAGUGAAACUGGAAUUAGCUGUUGCCAUGGGUAAGCAAAUUUACGAUAAACGCGAUAAAAUUGAGCGUGAAGCGGCUGCGAGUGAGCUGCGGUCAUAUAAUUGA